UUCAUUCAGUUCACCAAACAUGUCUGUGGAGUUGAGACUCAACAUAAACGUCAGUGUCAUUCAACACGACCCUGACCUUUAUCUUCGUCACUAUGACAACAAAUACGCCCUACAGGCCUUGCCCGCCAUCUUGUUUCUUGCCAUCUUGAUGCUGGUUGGAUUCGUGGGGAAUUCCCUCGUCUUCUAUGUGUAUCUUGUGAAAUUUAAACAGAGUUCCACCCGAUGCUUUAUUGUAGCAUUGGCAACCUUUGACCUUAUUUCGUGUAUGAUUUGCAUUCCCACAGAGAUAGCAGAUAUAAGGCAUCACCACACAUUUGGGCUGUAUAAACUGUGUAAGAUAUUGCGAAUCCUUGUAACGUUCUCAGCUAUUGCUUCAGGGUUUACUCUAGUAGCCAUUGCUGUGGACAGGUUCAGGAAAAUAUGCCGACCGUUUAAAAAACAGAUGACACCUUUGAUUGCAAAGGUUACGAUUACCGUGGGUUCGCUCAUGAGUGUCGUCGUGUCAUUGCCCAGUGCUAUCAUCUAUGGCUCUAGAGUAGUUGCAACAGAUGACAUCAAUAUUAACGGUUCAGACUGCUCUACGUCAGACGACUACAUCAGGACGCCCUACCCUCUCAUCUUCAAUGGAGUCCAGUUUUUCAUCUUCAUCUCCUCAACACUCAGUCUCUCUGUACUCUAUGGUCUAAUAUGGCGGCGGGUUGCCCGGCAACGGAGACGAAUGAAAGCCGUCAAUAAAACUAAACAAAAACUGGAAAAGGAUGACAGACAGGAAAUGGUACCAACUCAGAACAAUACAUCAUCGUCAGAUGUCCAACAUCCGCCAAUUACAGGUGAAACAAACCUGUCAUGUUCCGAGAGAAGUGAUUCCAACCUUUCUGCAAUUACAUCAGAACGCAUAACAGAACCAUGUCCAGACGCCCCUGAACUCAUAACAUCUGUAUCCCCACCGAGCAGCCAGCCCUCCAAGUGCGGAAGAAACAAAUUCCCCGCCAGCACAUCGUCACAACGUCCAAGAGGUCAGAAGACGACCUUCGUGCUGUUCCUCAUCACCCUGGUGUUUGUGCUGAGUUUCCUCCCGCAUCUGGGUCUGAUGGCAACCAGGGCUGUCAACAAACACGUGUUUGACGACCUUCCAGGAGCUGGGAUAGCAGCUAACAAUAUUUUUCUGAGAUCGUACUUCAUCAACAGUGUCUCGAAUCCUAUCAUUUACAACUUCUGUAAUCCUCUGUUCCGCCGGGAAGUGACACUGCUGUGGAAAAGGUUGACGCGAGGUAAAUAGGGACACAAGCUUAAGAAUAUGUCGGAAUUGUAUAAAACAAUAGACAGGCUGGCAAAAGAGAUUUUAGAGCCAAGGCACAUUAAGCCAUUAGCGCUUAGUAAACCAUAGAGGAAACACUGAAGACAACUAGCUGUGUGUGUUUAUCACUAAUCACAAAAGAAACAAUGAUCGUGAGCGAUUAUGAAACGAUUUCAUUGCAACGAAGUGAAUCGCGGUUUGAUAGCAGGAUUUGUCAGAAAAUGCUCUUUGGAAGCCAUAUGUUAUAGAACAAUUCCUAAAUGUUUAUAAACAGUUAUACAUGCCUGCAAUUUAUAAUUAUUUUAAAAGUAUUCUGAACACGUCAGGUGUGGCACUUCCGAAUCAGAUGUGGCACUUCAGAGUCCAACAAACGUUAGAGCGCAGCUAAAGGCUCGGAGCCAAUGUCUUGUGUGGGAAAGCUUACCAUUACUAUAUUUAUAGAACAAUUCCUAAAUGUUUAUAAACAGUUAUACAUGCCUGCAAUUUAUUAUUUUACAAGUAUUCGGAACACGUCAGGUUCCAACAAAGGUUAGGGCAUAGCUAAAGGCUCGGAGCCAAUGGGCGUUCGUCAUUUGGGUCACGUGGAGAGUAAAAUUAUGUAAUGAGGAAAUCAUGAGAAUCUGUUGAUUCUGCUAUCGGAAAAAACAGAUUCGAGUGAUUUCUUUGACUUAAUCUAUUUAUCUAUAAUUUUGCAAAAUGACCUAUACUUGCGUCAGUUUUAUAUGAAAUGCAGAAUCGCUUCAGAAUGGGCAUGACGUCACCAUAAUGGUUUGAAUUCCGAUAACGUACCCCAACGUUACAUUUGAUACCCCGAUAACCCACCCCCUAGUUCCUAUUAACCUCACACAGCUUUUGGUUGAACAUAUUUGAGAGAUGUCAAGCGGUCGUAAAAUCGCAGAGAAAUGCACACUAUCAUGGCCUUUCCUUCGCUUCGAAUUGUACACACUGAUGUAACAUUCGUCAGCACUCGCCCCUUUCCGUAACCUGC